AACUCAACUCGAGUGGCAAUCUUCACAGUCAGUCUUGGCUCGCGGCGGCCGCGAUGCAAGUUACGGCCGUAGAAUAAUCAAUACAUAAUCCUAAUGCAUAAUUGUCUAAUUCACUUUUUACAUCCAAUCAGAUAUGAAUUUACAACUGCUGACACCCACCCUUUCCAUUCACGCAACACCAAAUCGACAAUCUUCAAACACGCAGCAAAUCAUACUCAUCACCACCAGGGAACCACGUGUGCACAGAUGCAGCACGGCAGUCCCGUAUCGCGUGCAUGUACAGCUAAGCCGCAGAUAGGCCCCCCACCCGCGCGCUAGUCUUGCUAUUGUUCUCGUCCCGACGGGACGGUAGCC